AUGCGGGGUAAGUUAGCUUCCAACAUGGGCAACAUUUUUGGACGUGAGGAAGAGCCAAGCCCGCCACCUCGUGAGCCACCUCCCGUAUUUGCGGCAACAAGACAACCAUUAUACUAUGGAAGAGAUUUUCCUGACGAGGACACGUUCUUCAAUCGUGGAAAAUCCACAGAGGCAAUAAAGGAUGAUGACUGUACCGAGAGUUGGGCUCGUGAGCUUGGCGGCGCCUGGGCCAAGUUCGGAGACGGAGCGGCAAUCGUCGAUGUUUCACUCCCUUCAGACUUUUCCGCCAUUCAAAUACGCAAUCUUCCUACCAGUGCCUCAGCAAGCUCAGUUAGAGCCUUACUUUCUGAAGUUGGUAUCACCGUAUCAAUCAGCGAUGUACAAUAUAUGAAACCCAAAGAUAUGCCAAAUGGCUUUGCGAUCGUCAAAGUUAAAGACCCGGCAUUUGCAAAAACGGCGUGUUCACGACUACAGACCUGCAUUGAACCCCCAGACUUGGUAAUCAACACGAUACGUGUUCCAAUCCCCUCAGGAUUCCAAUUUGGCCAGGUCGACAACAGACAAGUUCGUUGUUCAUGGCAUCGACCCACCAGAACAUGCUGUCUAUACUUUACAAGCAAGGAAGUUGCAACCAGAUCAUUCCACAGGUUCAAAAGCGGAAAGUAUAAAAUCAACGGCAUGAAAGUCACGGUGCAAUCGCUCGUUGCAGAGCAACCGGUUCAACAGAAUGGGAGAUGGAAAUUCGAUUUGGUUGGACUGAGUGCUGGCAUUACGGAGGACGAUAUCGAUUCAGUCUUUCUUUCAUUCGAGAAACCUUGUCUGAUUGCUAUGGGAGAUCUGAGUUAUGAGAUGGACAUGGAAAUGGAUUCGACCUUGGUCAAGUCAAUGCUCUACGAAAAAGGCGAAUUGGAAAAAUGGAACGUUUUUGGCAGUCCCACUGCCAAACGGAUCAAAGCCCAAGCAACUUUUGUUGAAGAAUCUCAUGCGCAAGUUGCCGCCUCUUCCCUGGAUGAAACAGAAUUACCAUUCAACCACAGCGGGAAGCUUUUCGUCGAACUCGUUACUUCCGUCAACUUCAAGGUAUCGGCCCGCGUUUACAAUGCCGUGAAGAAGACAAUCGAUGCACACAAAUCCAACUGGAAUCGGCAGUUCAUACGUUAUUCCGUGCUACCUGAGCGCGGAUUUAACCGAAUCCUAAAACUCGAGGGUGAGGAUCGUCAGCUAGUCGCCGAGGCCAAAAGAGCUUUGGAAAAGGUCAUUACUGGCACUGUGAUGACGAUGGACGGGAAGAAUAUUUGGUAUUCUAACCUCAAGAUCAACAAGAAUGCUUACAAGAAGCUUCAGAAAAUCGAGCGAGACCUUGAGGUCGUUAUCAUUCGCGAUAUACGAGCCUCAAACUUCCGCGCUUUUGGCCCUCAGGAUCGGUUAGCCCAGGCUGCUGAAGCCCUAGACCAACUCAUCAACGAAUUAAAAGCAGAUGACCAAUCCAUCAAGAAAGCCGUUUCUUCAAUCAAAACACAACAACUUGAGACAGAUUGCCCAGUCUGCUUUGACGAAGCCGAAGAACCACUGGAGACUUCCUGUGGCCAUAUCUACUGCAAUCCUUCAAAUCUCAGAGAUUCAGACACUCCUUCUCUCUGA